ACUUUAGGGCGUAGAAGGAAGUAGGACAGUUAUAGUGUUUUAUUGUUUUAUUUGGAUAUCAUUUGGUGUUCAUAUAUAUAAUUUGGCAACGUAAUAAAGCAAGAACAUAUAAUUGUAUAUAAUUUCAUUUUUUAUGUAAAAGAUAUUGAAAGUAUAUAUUAAACGUACAAACAGUGUUUUUCAAAUCGAAAGUAGAAACAGGUUCAAACAAAAUUUCACAAUGGCUUCUAAAAGAUUUGUGGAUUCAAACCGAGACAAUGCAGGCGACUUUAUUGGAGUAAGUGCUGUGACACAAUCAUGUGAGCCCUGUAUGAAAACCAACGUAUCAAAAACUGCUACGGUUUUCUGCAAGGAUUGUGAUGAAUACCUGUGCGAUACGUGCAAAAAUCCGCACACGGUCUAUAAACCAGGUCAGCAUAACAUUGUCAAUGUACAAGACAAUACAUCUGCGCCCGUUAUAAUCGACAUGAAAGGAAUGGACAAGUGCCAUGAGCAUGCGCGAGAAAUAGAGUUUUUCUGCCAGGAUCAUUAUAAGCUUUGCUGCGUUUCAUGUGUUCUCAUUCACCGGAAAUGUGACCAAUUGGAUGAAAUAGCCAAAGUAUCCAGACAAACACGACCCGACCUGCAAGCAUUAAAACAAUCAUUGAUAAAAAUGCAAUCCGAGGCUGACGCUAUGAUAGCGGAUUGUAAGCAGUCGGAAACUGGCUUCAAUGAGUCCAUUGCAAAGAUUUCUGCAGAGGUGGAUACAAUGAAAGAUCGUAUCAUACAACUAUUUGAAGAAGCAAAGCAGAAAUUAAUAAGUGAGGCAAUACAGUUUAAAACUGCCAAAGUCAAACGAAUCGGGAAUAAAUGUGACGCCUCGCUCAAAGUUAAGGAAGAACUAAACAAUGUAUUGUCGAUGUGUUGUGUCGUUUUAGAACGCGGAACGCCCAGUCAACAGUAUAUUUAUUCAGAACAAAUGAAGGAGAAACGGAAAACUAUCGAAUCAACUAUAGAUGAACAAAGAAAAAUUACAUUCUCAUCAACAAUGACAGUGUCUUUUCCAAAACAGGUUACUUCACUUCUUGAGAUGGGAAGCAAUUCUAUAAAACUGAAUUAUGAUGGCAACAAGACAGUGGACACCAGUUGCAUUAGUUUGUCGUCCCCACCAAGGCCUGUCACCCUGGAGCUGCUCGUGUCCGUGGAUCUACCCAAGACUGGAGAUGAUGAAGAGGAGCCUUUCCUCAGUGGACUGGACUUCCUGCCGGACGGGAGACUGGUAGCCGUGGAUGACUAUAACAAGACAUGUAUCAUACUGAAUGAGCGACUACAGAGACUUGGAACACCGUACAAGUUCAAGGGUAUCCCACUUGGCGUAGUAUGUGUGUCUCAUGAUACACUGUGUGUAACGGGUGGUGGUGGUUAUAAAACAGUAUGUCUCCUGUCUGUGAGUACAGACAAUACCAUCACACUGACCAGGGAGAUCAAUACAACAUCCAUGUUCUUCUCUAUAUGCUGCAUGUCUCCAUCUCACAUGGUCGUUAGUACGUAUGAUGAUCCCCGUCCUGUGAGAAUGAUAUCAGUGGACGGGGUAGAGUCAGACUUUGAUCACUCCCUGACGUUUCCUAUGAAGACGUACAAACUAGGUAGGAGUAAGUGCACGUAUGUCCAGUCUAAGAACACGUUAGUACUGACUGACCAACUCGCUCACACAGUGUACAUGUACGACACCGUGAAUGGCACAUCUAGAGCAGUCACUAAUGAGAACAUUCAGGGGCCUCGUGGUGCCUGUGUAGGGCCUGGUGACACGGUGCUCGUGUGUAGUAUGGAUAAGAACUCCAUCGUGCACCUGAGUGUUGAUGGAAACAUUCUGGGUACCUACCUAGUGGAUAUUUGCUACCCGAACAGCAUAUGUGUGUCUAAGAACGGCACUAGGUUGGCGGUUUGUAACAGUGUUGAUGGUACCAGGAAACUUCAUUUGUAUAAGAUAUCACCGGCAAUGCAUUAGGUGACUAGUAAGACGUGAUCCAUGUGAUCAUGCAAUGAUCUACCAUCAUAUAUAUUAUAAAUGCUCGGGUAUGGUGAUGUUUAAAUCAAUACGGUAUACGUUUUGAUUGAUGAAAACUAAAUAGUGUUGUUAUUCAUUUUUAUUGCACCAGAAUUUAAAACUGCCUAUGUAUUGUGAAUUUAACAUUAUUAAACAUUAGUUUUAAAACACUUAAAAUAACGUCAUUGUUUUACAAAAUACACGGUGUUGGUGUGCAGUAUUAGGAAGCACUCCAUCGUUCACCUGAGUGUUGAUGGGAACAUUCUCGGUACCUACCCAGUGAAUAUGACGCUUCCUUACAGCAAUAUUGAUUUUCGUGAAUUGAUGUUGUUAUAUCAACUCGUAAUACUAUUAUAUUUGAAGAAAAUUGAAUAGUGUUGUUAUAAGGUUUUAUCGUUGAAGAAUUUCGAAAUAUUUCGAACAAGCUAUGUACUAUGCAUUUGUUAUUAUGUAAAAUGUGUCUUUAUACGUAACUUCAAGAAAUGUUACAUUGUAUAUUUGAAUGAUUUUAAAUGUAUUGUGUAUGUAAUGCUAUAUAUAUUUGCCUUUCAUGCAACUUAACCGGUGUGUACGGUAGUAAGGCGCGUUAAGUAUUUCUAAAUGAAUGUUGUUGUUUUUUAAAAACAUUACUAUGCAUAUAUUUUCUUAAAGGGUCCGUCCAACAGAUUUUGGCAUGCAUUGAAGCAUGUCAUUUAAUGCUUUAUAUUGAUACAUUUUAACAUUUAACCUAAAAAUCUCCAGUAAAAAACAAACAAGAAUACAAUUUAAAAAAGGAAACAAAUAACCCUCAAUAGGGCUCGAACCACUGACCCCUUGAGUCCUGGAGUAAAAAGUCUACCGCAUUGACCACUCUAGUACUCUACCAUCCAUGCUCAUGCAUAGAGCGGAUGUAUUUUUUACCUUAGUAUAUAAGCGAUCCUCAUAGAUUCCCAAAAUAUAACUACAACAACAGAACUUUUCAAGUAUUCAAUCGUCACGCGUCGCACGACACUUUAUAAUUUUCAGGUUUUCAAAUCGUCAAAAGAUGCAUAUAAUAGAUAUUUAAGAGCAUGAUAAAUGGUCAGCAUUACUAUUUCUUCAAAAAUAUCAUAACAAAAACGAAAAUUUGCGAAUCUGAAACAACUUUUUAUAAUUUUGUCAACUUACCAAUCUGUUGGACGGCCCCAUUAAUACCAUGAAAGAAAUUGUGCGUUCUCUCAAAAUAAUGCUUGUUUUUGUUUAACGUACAUUGGCCACUAUAUAAUGAUCUAAAAAAGUCGACUAGGACUAGAAUUCCCAGCAUGUCACCUGUGCCUGUAAAUAGUCUUAGAAGCCUUGUAUCGUUAUAAUGUUAAGAAUACUAUAAAAAGCCAUUAAUGUCAGUUGUUGUUUGUUUUCAAAUUAAUUAGCAAAACGACAAUAUCAAAUUAAUUAGCAAAACGACAAUAUCAAAUUAAUUAGCAAAACGACAAUAUCAAAUUAAUUAGCAUAACGCCAAUAUCAAAUUAAUUCCAGACUCAUCUUAGCUGUGUUAUAAUUUUAGUUUACAAUUCGUCAAUACUUGCACUGUGUAACAAUUUUAUGUAUUCGUGAAUUACUGGGGCCGAGAAAACACACGCUUUAAUUGAAAACCUUGUAAUACAUAACGCUCUGAUCAGACAUCCCCAUAGCAACGUGCUGAGAAUGAUAAAACCGAGAAUUCGAGUAAGGUAGUAAACCCAUCAUAUUCAAUGUUGAGAACAUUUGCUUACAAAUCAUAUUGUUAUAUUAUUUUCUUGAAUCAAUAAUAAAUGUAAACAAGUUUGUCUGCUGUCCGAUUACGAUCCGGGACAACUUGUUUUCAAAUCGAACGCUCUACUACGGAGGCCCUAAUAUCGUGUUUAACCCAUUUAUGCCCAGUGGACUCUCCCAUCCUUCUAAAUUGGAUCAAUUUAUUUCCAAAAUUAGGAAUGUCUAGUAUAUAUAUUUCUAUAUUUAGAAUAUUUCGUACAGAAAUUCCGUUAAGCAAACAGCGUAGACCCAGAUGAGACGACGCUGUUUGCCCAGGCCUUUUUUCUAGACGCUAGGCAUAAAUGGGUUCUAAGAACCCCUAUCUUGUUUUGAUUCUGCCUAAUUCGUAUGGUUAUAUGCAUAUACGCAUGUUUUCUUCAAUUUAAAUUGCAUGUAGUUCAUUUUUAACUUUAAUCACUUCCUACGACUUUGAUUAAAAAUGUACAUCUUUAUAUGUUAAGGAAUGUAUUCCAAUCACGAUCAGAAAAGGUACGGGCGGCUACGACUUGGUAAAUGAAUAGCAUGACCAAUGCCAUGAUGCGUAUAUUAUAUUACAUAACGGUGUACUUUUAACUCGUAUAGUUUUGUCAUUUGUCACGGCUUUUAAUUUCUGGAAAUGUUAACUUGUUUGUUUUGCCUGACGAAUUCGUGAAUACAAUUUGUAAAGAUAAAAACUAGUGAUCA